UCCUCAGCUAAUCAAAGAAACCAGACGUCUUAUCUGACCAAUGUAACCGCGGCAACAACCACACGUCGCCUGACCAAACGAGAUAGCGCGAUCAGCAGGGAUGUCAGUCUAAUAACGAUUAUAGCGUACAUUACGCCCUUCUAUUCUGUCUCCUUUCUAAUCUCGUCCAGGAACUACUCGACUCUCUCCACCUAUCGUGACCACAGAAACCUUUUAUUUUAUAGUACAAUGCUUUCGCGAUUACCAUUGCGGAUAUUUCUAAGAUCAGCCGGCUCGAAUUAUCUCUUUAGACUGAGCACGAAAUCCAAUUGGCUUGAUGAGGGCCAACAAAAAGCAGUUGUUGAGAAAGUGGCCAAGGAACAGCAACAGUUUGAAGAACAAUUGCCGCUGGCAACAGAUGAGGAACCUACUAUUUCAGACGUGCCUCAGGCGACUGCACAGCUGUCAGUGUCUGAGGGUAAACGGCCGCCCUCGACCGCCGUCGCGUUCGUCCCUUGGACACUUGGCCGUUUAUUGCAAGAAAUGAAUGUCCGGAAACUUCCUUCAAAGCGUAUCCCGAAUGAGGAGCAGUCAUUUCCAACCCUUCUCCGGAAUAGCCCUUUUGUCCAACUGGGCGACUUCAACUCACGCGAAGUUAUCGGAGUUGUUAUUGAGAACGUCAACGAUACAGACCUUUAUAUUGACUUUGGUGGGAAGUUUCACUGUGUUUGCCCUCAACCUGCGAAUCAACACUAUCCCCGCGGUAGUCUUGUUCGCAUUCGCCUUCGCGACCCAGAAAUGACCAACAAAUUUAUGAUCAAUACAAAAGGCAUUAGUCUGUGUGAAGCGGACGCGACACUUCUGGGGCCGUACCGAGGACGUAUCGUGAGGAACGCGUCGGGGGAAGAGAUGGAGGUGCCAGUGGUCCCGGGCGAUACUCGGGGUAUUUCUCGUCCAGCCACAGAAAAUGACAGUGAUUCCGGUGAUAUUGUACAACCGAACACCAAUACAGGGCAGGCGGAGCCCACAAGGCCACUUAAUUUCAACGAGUCUAUCUUAAAGUGUACUGUGGAUUUGCCUGCUGGUGUAACUGAACCUGUUAAGGGAUAUGAUUUCAACAAGGGUAUUGAAUUUAUGGCCAUAAUGAAUUCCUUCCGUUCGACUGGCUUUCAAGCCACACAUUUUGGACGGGCUGUCGAUGUGAUCAACAUGAUGCUCGAUAAACGUGAAGGAAAUCUGGAAACGGACCUAGAUCGAAAACAGGCGGAAGUAAUAUCUAGUCUUCAUCCGCUCAAGCGUCCACUUAACAACUGCACCAUUUUUCUUGGCUACACAUCCAACAUGGUGUCGUGUGGUGUACGCGAAGUUAUCCGAUUCCUUGCUCAACACAACAUGGUUGAUGUGCUUAUCACGUCUGCCGGGGGUGUUGAGGAAGACUUUGUGAAGUGCCUAAAGCCAUCGUACGUGGGUGAUUUUGAACGUUGGUCUGGGCAUGAACUUCGAGAUCUUGGUGUGAAUCGUACAGGCAACCUGCUGGUGCCCAAUAGUAAUUAUGUGGAGUUCGAAGCCUGGUUGUCACCCAUCCUAGACCGUAUGCUUUACGAACAAGAGACCGAGGGCAUUAACUGGACACCCUCGAAAUUAAUAGACCGUCUGGGUAAGGAGAUUAACAACCCUGAGUCGAUCUACUACUGGUGUCAUGUGAACAAAAUUCCCGUGUUCUGUCCAGGACUUACCGAUGGAUCUCUUGGUGACAUCCUAUUCAGUCACACGUACAAAUCCCCUGGCUUUCGGAUAGACAUCGUUGAAGACGUCCGACACAUCAAUCUCAUUGCAAUCUACUCUCGCAACACCGGUAUGAUUGUUCUCGGCGGCGGAAUCGUCAAACACCAUACGUUCAACGCUAAUCUGAUGCGCAACGGCGCCGAUUUUUGUGUUCUGGUCAACACGGGACAUGAAUUUGAUGGCAGUGAUUCCGGUGCUCGUCCCGAUGAGGCUGUCAGUUGGGGCAAGAUUCGGGGUGCGGCGGAACCGGUUAAAGUUUGUGCCGAUGCCUCACUCAUAUUCCCUCUGUUGGUAGCUUGUACAUUUGCCAAAAGAUUUGCCGAUAAAGCUUCUGUAUCUGUUAACGGUUGCACCUGAUACAUCAUGUACAGUUUGUCAUUGUAAAAACUAAAGAUGGAGCAG